UUCCGUUAUGGGCUUCCCAUUCUGAACGUGGUAAGUCUAGCAUCUAAUCUAGUGACAACUCCAAGCAUAAGCACUGAUAUAUGCCAGCUGAACUUCGAAAGCCUCAAGUGUCGUUAAGGCCUUAACCUUAUGUGGAGGCUUCAACAAUAUAUAUGUCGUGCGGAAGAGACUACUGGAGACCCUACAGUUUAUCCUCCAGGUCUCUGGAUCGGUUGACGCAAUGAAGCCAGGCGGUGUUGGUAAUAUCGCAUCCAUCCGCGUUCGGCUGCUGCAUGCUUAUCUUCGCUCCUUGAUUUGUGUUCGGGAAAGGUAUGACAAUGAGAGGUACGGAGUCCCUAUAAACGACCUUGACAGCCUUGCAACGAUUAGCAGUUUCUCAUCCAUCAUCAUCUGGCUCGGCCUCCCCCGGCAAGGUAUCUGGCUCCGCAAGCAAGAGAUAGACGACUACCUAACUCUCUGGAGGCUGGUAGCCUACUACCUAGGAGUUCCAGACGAACCUUUUGCUAGCCAGCAAACCGCACGAGCGCUGAUGGAAUCUCUCCUUGUAUCGGAGGUGGAUCCUAUAAACAUUGGUAGAGUCCUAGCUCGUAAUAUUCUCAACGGCUUGGAGAACAAGGCCCCAGCGCAUGCCUCAAUGGGUUUCAUGGAGGCUAUGGUUCGGCUUCUGAAUGGGAAGCAACUCUCUGACAGUCUUCAAAUCCCUCAACCCACGCUGUACUAUCGGGUUCUGGUAUACGGGUAUUGCUUCUUUGUCAUGGCGUUAGCAUAUGGCACCCGGUUGUUUCCGAAGCUCGAUCAAAGGUUUAUCGCGGUACGUCUGUUCUCUCGUGGUGUGAUCAUUAGCGUGUGCACUGACUUGAGGCAGUAUCGUCGUCGAUACUAUUACACCAUGAUAACCGAUCGAGAGAAAGGGCUUGGAGGCGAGUCGCUCUUUGACUUUGUAUACAAGCCAUCUCAUGCAGGGCCACUCUAUAAAGCAGUGACAGUUAAGGAGGAAGAAAAAAUUCCGAAAACAUCGCGACGCGGCAUUGAAGCACUGGCCCGGGUGGGUCUGGUGGCUGCAUUAAUUACUGUUGUGACUUUGAUCAGUGGGGGAUAUUAUGUGAUUCGUAUGGUGAUGCGAGUAUUCUUUCCAAAGAUCAGAUAUUAA